AUGGCUGCAGGGACCAUCCAGGGACUGAGCAGAGAGGUGAGGCAAAGAAGGUCCGCUCCGGACUGGGAACCUGCGGCGCCCUGGACGGAGAGGGGCGGGGAUUCUGCCCUGCAGGCGGGGGGAGGGCAGGUGUCGCUGGCGCAGGCGGUGACGGAGAACACCGCCGCCACUGAAUAUCCCUGUGCAAGUUUCUUCACCUUCCUCUGCAUCAGUGUUUACACUGGGGCCAGGAGCCGGGGACAGGACGGAGUGGAGCGUUCCCCAGAGGAGGGCCGGCAAACGUUUCAGGUGGAUCCCAGCCUUGGACUGAGCGCAGCGGCGGGGCGGGGCGGGGUCGGACGGAGGGCACGUCACCGGCCUGGGCGGGGCACCCAACAACCAAUCGGCUUGGGGUUCUCUUUGCAACUCAACCGCGGAUCUCCGCUGCGACAGCGAUUCCGGUGCCUUGCGCUGCAGAUCCCCCAUGGCAGAGGCCGCCAGCCCCACGUUCCUUCUGUGCCUCCCGCUUCUGUUCCUGCUGUCCGGCUGGUUCGGGGCAGGGAGGGCCGACAUGGACAACAGUGGUGUGAGGUCCAAGGCCAGGUGGAUCAGAAGAAUUUCCUCUCCUAUGACUGUGGCAGUGACAAGGUCUUAUCUAUGGGUCACCUAGAAGAGCAGCUGGAUGCCACAGAUGCCUGGGGAAAACAAUUGGAAAUGCUGAGAGAGGUGGGACAGAGGCUCAGACUGGAACUGGCUGACACUGAGCUGGAGGAUUUCACACCCAGCGGACCCCUCACGCUGCAGGCCAGGAUGUCUUGUGAGUGUGAAGUCGACGGACCCAUCCGUGGAUCUUGGCAGUUCAGCUUCAAUGGACAGAAGUUCCUCCUCUUUGACUCAACCAACAGAAAGUGGACAGUGGUUCAGGCUGGAGCCAGGCAGAUGAAAGAGAAGUGGGAGGACAGCGAACUAACCAUGUUCUUCCAGAAGGUCUCGAUGGGAGACUGCAAAACCUGGCUUAGGGACUUCCUGAUGCACAGGGAGAAGAGGCUGGAACCCAUAGAACCACUCACUGUGGCCCCACGCACAGCCCAAACCAAAGCCAUGUCCACCAACCUCAAUCUCUGGAGCCACCUCAUCAUUCUCUGCUUCAUCCUCCCUGGCAUCUCAGGAGAGUCCUUUAGAGUGACAGGUACUGUGGGCAAAACUGUGAGGGGAACAAGAGACAGAUGGGUGAGGUGGGAGGAAGGGAAAGAGAAUUCCCAGAGCCCCACCCCUCCCCAUGGCCGGGACCUUCUCAUCCUGACAUGAGACAGGUCAAUAAGACCUGGUGUCACCUGUUGGCAAUGACCUGGGCAGCUCAACCUUGAGUUCUGAUGGAUUCUCACUGUCAGAGGGCAGAGGGAAAGGGAGAGGCUCACACCAAAGCUCAGGGCCUAUUGAGCUCGAGAGGGUUUAGCCAAUUCAGGCCUGUUUCAGAGCAGGUUUCUAUUCAGGAAGGGUAGUGGUGUGUGGCCUGCAGGCAGCAGGAACCCAGGCAUGGGCAGUCCGCGCAAUAGGAGAGGAGCAGCAUGGCUGUUUCACCUAGGAUGUCAAGGGAAAGGGUGUCCCUGGAGGAGGCUAAGAAGAGAGCCAUCUGGAGGAAUCCCAGGACAAGGGGGCUGUGAGGGCCUUGGCCCACCCAGUUCCUAAAGCUUCAUUCCCAGAGAAAGCACCUUGAGUUCCAACAGUUAGGGUGGAAGAUGAAGAGUAGAGCAUGUCCAGGAUGAGUUUUAGGAAAAGGCCAAGCCCCUUGGACCCAUGGGAUUCGUGGCCAGGCCCUGAGGUGAUGCCCCUGCCAUUAUGCCUCCUGCAUACUCCAGAUCCUGAGUCAGCUGAUGGCCCUGCCUGGAGCAGAGUGGACUCAGACAGGGAAGCUGAGGUGCUGCUGAAAUUCCAUGGUCACCACUGAGCUUAGCCAGGAAUGAAUGGGGUAGGGCAGGGACAGUUCCAUUCAGAGCUAUGGGUGCAGCUCCCAGGGUGAGGAGAGGCUGAGAGAGAAGGGGAAAGAAGGAAGUUUGCCUGCAAGCCCACCCAAGGCCAGGAAACAUGGAUCCAGAUACUUCUGUUUGGACAGGGCUCCUCCAGGUCGUCUAGACCCUUCGAUGACAGGGAGGAGCAGUACCUGAGUGAGGGUGCAGACCCCUCAUUACCAGCCUCAGUUCUGAGCCUCCCUGGGCUGUAACAGGACCUGGGCUGGCUCUGUGGUGUGGUGAAGGAGGGAGGAGGUUGGGACAGGCUGCAGAGCCAGGGGUAGGGUUGGAGGGAGAAACGUAUUCCAUAUUUGGAGGAGAGGCUCCGAAAUGGGGAGGGUCUGGGAGGGAUCACCCAGGAGAACAGAUCCAGGUUUUUGUCAGCCACUUAAACCAACACUUCAUCUUUUGUCAAGGUGAAAGAUGAUAUCAAGAACCCCCGUUAGUCUGGUCUGGUUCCUGCUCUCCCUUUAGAGAGGCCGCCUGUCUACUCACCACUGUGCCUUUCUAGAAAGCAGGAGUUCAAGCCUUAGCAAGUCCACAGUGUUGCAGGAAGUCAGGGACCACAAAUGGAGGGACAGGCUGGAGCUGUGGCAGAGGAACAUAAGUUGUGAAGAUUUCAUGGAUAUUUAUUACUUCCCUAAUAAUACUCUUAUAAUU